GCUGGCACCGCCUGCCAGAUCCACAGCAGAUCUCAGCAAUUUAUCGCAUCGCCGCAUCUAACCCUCUCCAACUGUCUCUAACUGGCUCAGCCGGACAGGGCAUUUACAUUGAGGCUGCAGAGCUGUGUUGAGUUCACACUGAAGGAGUUGGUUCGCUGCUGAUGCUGGGGAGAUAAAUCCUUUAUCUCUCAUCUUCUCUUAUCGCCAUCUCUUCUCCCCCACCCCGUCCCCCGCCCGCGCAACUGAGUCGACACUGGGGGCAUAUUGGACGCGCUGGAUGGCUGCUGCACUUAGCGAACCGGCCUGAAUUGUUUUUCCAUCAUCAUCUUCCUCUGCCUUUGAGCCUUAAAACAAAACAGUAACUGCAGCAACAAUGACAGACCCGGUGACCCAAGAGUCCUACCCUGUCCCAGACCCGACUAUUGUGGAUCCCUGCCCGGCCACGGUGCGGAACGGCCAGUGCGCCCCGGAUGGCUUCACCAACAACCAUCACCAGCAAGCCAAACGCCCCAGCCAGUCAGAGACGUUCACCGCGGGCCAGGAGAUGAAAAUCACAGACAGUGUGGAGGGAGAAGGUCUCCUCGAGAGCAGCAUGCGUCUGAAGCCCCACGAGGCUCAGAGCUACAGGAAGAAGGCACUCUGGGUCUCCUGGGUCUCCAUCGUGGUCACACUCAUACUGGCGGUGGCAGCUUUCA